AAUGGCUGGAAAAAGACGAAUAACCAACAGUAAUCUUCCUGAAGAAAUAAUUGAGGAAAUUUUGUAUAAUCUUCCGAUACAAUCCUUAUUGAGAUUCAAGUGCGUUUCGAAAUCAUGGUUGUCUACCAUCUCCAGCAAAGCAUUCAUCAAAGAGCACCUCAAGAGAUCGAUCGCCGAGGACGACAAGGCAGGUUUGACCGAUUUGACCCACCACAAACUCCUCUUCACCCGUAAAAUUUUGAGUCGAGUACUAGGAACCCGUAAAAUUUUGGGUCCUAAUCGCACCGGAUUUUCGUAUAGUCUAGGAACUUCUUCCCUUGGUAACGAAUCUAAUAUCGUCACACCUACUUUCUACGAUUAUCCGAUGCCACGCUUGUGUUUCUUGAUCCUGGGAUCGUGUAACGGGCUAGUACUCAUGCGCUAUAGUAUGCGGACCGAACCGUUAAUUUUAUGCAAUCCUUCAACUAGAAUACCCAGGGUCAUUCCAUCUCCCCCUUUCGACUCGCCGGUUCCUCGAGAACGUCAUUUGAUUCGUUUGAUUGAUUGUAAUGAUAAUUUAAAAUACGGGUUAGGGUACGACGAGUCGAACGAUGAUUACAAGGUUGUCUGCAUUAGAGACACCAACGUACGAGAGCCCCAUCACUACGAGACGCGCAUGUACAGUUCCAAGGCAGAUUCUUGGAAGAAGAUCGAGAGUUACGACAAGCGCUUUCACAGUAUUUUGUGCGGCAAGUUUGUGAAUGGAAGGCUGCAUUGGCUGGCUAGGUUCGAUUCAGACGAUAGUCAUCGUGGUACUAUAAUCUCCCUUGAUUUGGCGGACGAGAAAUAUCGAACUUUGUCUUCAAAUAGUAUUGCUAAUUUUCAAACGGGAACUGUCGUGGAAUUCGGAGGCUAUCUUGGUUUGUUGAGUGUAAGGCGUGAUAGGCAUUUGGAUUUAUGGGUUAUGAAGGAGUACGGCGUGACAGAAUCUUGGACUAAGAUUUGGACAAAAUCGGACUUUGUGGAUAGACCUGAUCUUAGCGGUGGACCUACAAUACCCGUGUGUUGGACGAAGAAUGGAGAUAUCGUAAUGGUUCGUGGAUACGAUGUACUUGUUUGUAACGGGAGAAAUAUACUGCGCAAGUCUCGAGUUGAUAUGAUUGGUGAUAGAAUCGACUCCAUUGUCUACGUCGAAAGCUUAGUUUCACCAUUCAUUCAUCAAGAGUAGAAAUAUUGUUCUUUUCUUUAUUUUUGAAUUUUUAUUUUUUAUUUUAAUUUUAAUUUUCGAACAAUGAGAAUAUAUAAGAAUGUUGGUUUUGUUUAUAGUAAUAUUCGUUGGAUGUAACAUAGAUCAUAUUGAAUUUACAAUGACUCUAAUACUUAAUAAACAUUCAAAUC